GACGCCACUACCAGCAAAUCGCACCAGCGUUGGGGACAUGCGCCACCAUCACUGUAAUAUUACGAUAAUACUAUUAUUACCAAACAGACAGAUUAGGAUUGAAACAUUCUGUUAUUACUGAACUCGGUGAAGUAGGCUUAUCGUGUAAACAGACAAUAAGAACAAUAACAACGAGUGACGUAUGUCAGUUAAAUGAUUUAAACCCACCCGAAAUAUAAACGUUUGAAUAUAGAUUUCCAAAAGAAACAUCGUAAAUUAUAUAACUUGAUUUUGAGCUAAAUUUAGGUGUUGAGUUAACUCUUCUUUUUGUUCCGUGUCUAUGCUGAUUUCAUAAUCCCAGAAAUGCACAAUUAUUGUGGGAGUAGCUACUGUGUAAGAGGCAGGACUUCCUGGAAUGGUACCUGGACUAUUUCAUGGCUGUUGCCUUCUUAUUAGCACAGAGGAGCAAGGACUCCAGUUCUCAGGUUGGUGCCUGUAUCGUGCAUCAAGAGAACAAGAUAGUGGGUAUUGGCUAUAAUGGCAUGCCCAAUGGUUGUGACGAUGACCUGCUGCCCUGGUCUUUCAGUGCUGAUAACAAGCUGGACACCAAAUCCCCCUAUGGUAUAAAGGAUGUGAUCUAUUUGUCAGACAAAUACCAUGGCACUCCAGAAAUGACUGCCUCCAGACGGCUGCUUAACUUGGCGGGCAUCACGUACAACAUGGAAAAUCACCGCAGUGACCGCACACAACCUCCGUCUGAUGCACAUAACACCGAGACUGUGCAACACCUUCCUAGAGUUCAGGAAUCGAUUAGGUGGCAGCUAUUAAGAAGGGCCAGGGAUAGACUGGCUGCUGUAAUCAGUAGGGAGCCCAUCGAUUUUGAAUAUCUCCACUUCAUCACCUAUCAGGAACUGCAGUUUUUAAGGGCAGGGGCAGCUUAUAUGGAUAUUCCUCAAUGUGUCAUAGUUGGCUUUGAGCAGCUCAAUGAGGUGAUCCAGGCUCUGCUUUCCAACACUCCCGUCACCCCUUUAGUUGACAAUGUAGCUGUAGUUGAGUGGAAUGGAAGUGUGGGGCAACCUAGAUUGAGUAUCAGUAGGGAUGUUAUUGAAAGUCUUUUAAGCACCAACCUACCAUUGACCACUCUGGCUAAUGUUCAUGGUAUUUCAAGAUCCACCCUGUGUAGGAGGAUGAGAGAGUAUGGUCUGUCAGUCAGAAGCAGCUACUCUGACAUUCCCGAUUGUGUCCUUGAUAUGAAGGUGAGAUCCAUAAAGGCCAGAAUGCCUGAUGCUGGAUAUAGGCUGGUGAAAGGGGCUCUACUGGCCAUGGGACACCGUGUCACAUGGAGUAGAGUCAAGUCAUCCUUGCAGCGUGUUGAUGGAGCAGGCAUCAUCUCAAGAAUAAUCCAGUUGACAUGCAUUGCCAGACGGACAUACUCUGUCCCAGCUCCAUUGUCUCUUGUCCACGUUGACACCAAUCACAAGUUGAUCAGGUACAACAUAGUGGUGUUUGGAGGUAUCGAUGGCUUUUCUCGGAAGGUUUUGUACCUCAAUGCGGCUGGGAAUAAUAAGGCAGAGACUGGUUUGAGGUUUUUCAUGGAGAGUGUGCAGAAACAUGGAUGGCCAUCAAGAGUACGCGGUGACCAAGGCGUAGAAAAUGUGGAGAUAGCAAGAUCCAUGUUCACUGUGCGAGGAACAGGUCGUGGCAGCUUUAUAGCUGGGAAAAGUGUGCACAACCAAAGAGUGGAACGACUAUGGAGAGAUGUGUGGAAUGCUGUAACAUCUCAGUACUACAACAUGCUUCAUACCUUGGAGGAAGAGGGGUUUGUAGACCUCUCAAAUGCUGUUCACCUCUUCUGUCUUGGGUAUGUUUUCAUUCCACGUCUACAAGCAGACCUUCAAAACUUUGUAGAGACAUGGAAUUGUCACCCCUUGAGGACCGAGGCAAACCUGACCCCUAAUCAGCUUUGGAGAAUUGGGAGGAUGCAAGUACCGGUGCAAGAGCCAGAUCUGUCUGAGAUGGAAUACUUGCAUGACCAGGAAGCUUGUGGUGCUGAUCCAGAACAUGGAACCAUAGUACCAGAAACUGGAUGCCCCUUGUCAGCUGAGGCUCUUGCUGCCUUACAAGAUAUUAACCCCACUGCAGAGUCCUCUUCUCUUGGGCGGGAUAUCUAUAUGCAUGCUCUUCAAUUGGUCUCAUUCCUUAUGUGAGAGCUGGAUAAGCAGUUUACAAAACAUAGCAUUUGUUUGUUUUGUAAUAUUGAACUCUGUAUUUGACCUCUUUGGAGUUUCUUGUAAGCCCAUAUGGGCUGGGAUUUUUGAAGCAUGACACUUAAAUUCAAUAAAUCAAUCAUAUCUA